UUUUCGUGAAAUCUUAUGAAAGCUUAAUUCAGUCAGGAUCUCUGAAAAGUCCCGGUGUAAUCCGCCAUCUUGGCUUCGUAAACCAGCUUUUUGUGUAACCAAAUCAGGCAGGCGGACCGUCGGCCGUUUUCAGCGCUGAGAGUUUCCCAGCAGCCCGACCAGAGGCGGCCGGUGGGAGGAGGCAGAGACACCGCAGGAGCAGCCUGAUCCGACGCAGCCUCUCCGCUCUCCACAAGAGGAAGGACCCAUCAGCACUAACCGAUGUCUACGGAGUUUUCAGAAGGCCAAGACCUCGACAGACUGGAAGAAGAAGAAGAGCAGAAGCAGACGUCAGAAUCUCAGAUCAGACUGAUGAACAGCGGCAUGGCAUCCAUACCAGAGUACUACGCCGGGAAGAGCGUUUUGAUCACGGGAGCCACCGGCUUCAUGGGGAAGGUGCUGGUGGAGAAGCUGCUGCGGAGCUGCCCUGACGUCAAAGCCCUCUACAUCCUGGUCAGACCCAAAGCCGGCCAGUCCAUGAAGCAGCGAGUCAGCGACAUGAUGAAGUGCAAGGUAACCGAGUCUCUAGAUGCAGCAGCGUUUGGGUCAGUGCUGAUGUCUCUUCUCUGCUAACCGGCGGGAUCCUCCUAAACGUUUAUAUCAACCUUGAUGUCUGGGAGUCU